AGUAAAAUAGACAGGUCUCCAGCUAGUUUCAUUCAUCUUACAUGUGGUGUUCACUCGUUCGCCGGUUAAUUAUUUAAAAGUGAAGGAAUUUAAAGAAAAGGAGGUAAUUGAAUCGUGCGAAUAGGUGGUGAAAAAAACUAAAAUUAUCGAGCCAUGCAUCAGGAAACGCUUCAGCUUAUUCAGGUCCUCGAGAAAACAGUUUCACCAGAUAAAAAUGAGCUGGAACAGGCAUCUAGCUUUCUGGAACAGGCUGCCUCAACAAAUUUACCAGAAUUCAUUAAAACUCUUUCUGAUAUCCUGAGACAUGGUGGUAAUAGUCCAGUGGCUCGAAUGGCUGCUGGUCUUCAGCUCAAAAAUCAAUUGACAUCGAAAGAUCCAAUAAUUAAGAUAAAUUACCAACAACGCUGGCUUGGUUUUCCAGAAGCAAUUCGCACAUAUAUUAAAAAAAAUAUUCUUGGUGCUUUGGGUACUGAGACUAGUCGACCAUCAUCAGCUGCACAAUGUGUCGCUUAUGUUGCUGUUACAGAAUUGCCACAUCGCCAAUGGCAAGGUUUAGUGAGCCAAUUAGUCACCAAUGUAGUGCAGCCAAAUUCUACAGAAAUGCAGAAAGAAGCUACAUUAGAAGCAAUUGGAUACAUCUGCCAAGAAAUUGAUUCUGAAGUUCUUAUUACACAGUCUAAUGAAAUAUUGACUGCAAUUAUACAUGGUAUGAGGAGUACAGAACCCAGCAAUCAUGUUCGUUUGGCUGCUACUCAAGCUCUACUCAAUUCACUUGAAUUUACUAAAGCAAAUUUUGAUAAAGAAUCUGAAAGAAAUUUCAUUAUGGAAGUUGUGUGUGAAGCCACCCAGUCAGCAGAUGCUCAGAUUAAAGUUGCAGCUCUGCAGUGCUUGGUAAAAAUCUUGUCAUUAUAUUAUCAGUACAUGGAACCGUAUAUGGCGCAGGCGCUGUUUCCAAUAACCCUGGAGGCAAUGAAGUCUGAGAACGAUGCAAUCGCUUUACAAGGUAUUGAGUUUUGGUCAAAUGUAAGCGACGAGGAAGUCGACUUGGCAAUAGAGGAUACUGAAGCAGCAGAUGCUGGAAGACCACCAGCGAGAGUAUCGAGACAUUACGCCAAGGGUGCUCUUCAGUAUAUAAUUCCAGUACUUUUACAAAAACUCACAAAGCAAGAUGAGUUGGACGAUGAUGAUGAUUGGAAUCCAAGCAAAGCAGCUGGAGUUUGUUUAAUGCUUUUGGCUACAUGUUGUGAGGAUGAGAUUGUUCCACAUGUUCUGCCAUUUAUAAAGGAAAACAUAAAAUCCGAAAACUGGCGGUUCAGAGAUGCCUCCUUGAUGGUAUUUGGUGCCAUUUUGGGUGGUCUUGAAAGUUCAACAUUAAAACCUCUUGUAGAGCAGGCUAUGCCUACUUUAAUUGAACUCAUGUACGAUAAUAGCGUUAUUGUUCGUGACACAGCUGCUUGGACUUUUGGGCGAAUUUGUGAAAUCAUACCGGAAGUGGCUAUCAAUGAACCUUUCCUUAAACCGCUUUUGGAAAGUUUUAUUCGCGCUCUUAAGACUGAGCCUAGAGUAGCAGCCAAUGUUUGCUGGUCUUUUACUGGAUUAGCUGAAGCCGCUUAUGAAGCAGCUGAUAUCAGUGAGGAAACAGGACAACCAGACACCUAUGUUCUAUCUCAAUAUUUCGAGUUCAUUAUUCAAAAUUUAUUGGAAACAACAGAUCGUGCUGAUGGAGGCCAAGCCAAUUUGAGGCCGGCAGCUUACGAAGCUUUAAUGGAGAUGGUCAAAAAUUCACCCAAAGAUUGUUACAUAACUGUUCAACGCACUACCAUGGUUAUUUUAGAGCGGCUGCAGCAAGUGCUUCAGAUGGAAACACAAAUUGCCAGUUACAAAGAUCGCUCUCAAUUUAACGAUUUACAGUCUCUUCUGUGUGGAACGUUGCAAUCGGUUCUUCGUAAAGUUACACCGCAGGAUGCUCCUCAAAUUUCUGAUGCCAUUAUGACUGCUAUGCUUACCAUGUUUAAUUCUAAUAAGUCGGGGGGCGUACAAGAAGACGCUCUUAUGGCUGUUUCCACUUUGGUAGAAGUUCUAAGUGAAGGAUUUAUGAAGUACAUGGAAGCAUUCAAGCCUUUCCUAUAUAUUGGCUUGAAAAACCACCAAGAAUAUCAGGUGUGUGGUACUGCUGUUGGCUUGACUGGAGAUAUAUUCAGAGCAUUAAAAAUAAAAGCACUUCCAUAUUGCGACGAGAUUAUGCAAUUAUUGUUAGAGAACUUAAGCGAUAGCUCUGUGCAUCGUUCUGUUAAGCCUCAAAUUUUGACAGUUUUUGGAGACAUUGUAUUGGGCAUUGGAUCCGAAUUUAAGAAAUACUUGGAUGUGGUUCUAACAACAUUAGCCCAAGCAUCUCAAGCGCAAGUCGACAGAAACGAUUACGAAAUGGUUGAAUAUUUGAAUGAAUUGCGCGAAGGAAUUUUGGAUGCAUAUACCGGCAUCAUUCAAGGUCUCAAGGGUGAUGGACCAACACCGCAUCCUGAUGUACGCAUGUUGGAAUCACACAUCCCACACUUGGUUGAUUUCAUUAUGUGUAUUGCUCGGGAUACCGAAAGGUCCGAAGGUACGAUCGCCGUUGCUGCAGGAUUAGUUGGAGAUUUGUGUGCUGCUUUUGGUGAACCCAUGCUGAACUACUUGGAUUUGGAUCCCAUCAAUGAAAUGUUGGUACAUGGGAAAAAGAGUCGCGUUAGCCGCACAAAAACCUUGGCAACCUGGGCUACCAAAGAGCUAAGGAAAUUGAAGAAUAACGUAACUGCUGCUGCUGCAAGCUGAUUUUCUUUGGCUAGUUGUGGUUUUACAGGAGACAUGAAUAAGAUGGCUUGGUCAACGGCAUCAUUAUUGGAAUCCCAUAACUCAUAUUUUUUUUAAUAAGUAAAUAUUUAAUUUCCGGAUAAUUUCGUAGUGUAUAAUCCGUUUAAAUCUAUCUACCAUGUCAAUCGAUAGCAACCAUAAAAAAGUAAUAAAUAAAUAACGAAAAACCUUUUAAGCGGAAAUUUAAAAUUUCAUAU